UUCAAUUUGCGCCAUCUAGAAUUAAAUUAAUAAGCUUUGUUCCAACACAUCAGGAAACCGCCACGAUUUUGAUCUGUGCCCGGAUUCCGAACCCACGAUUCGAUAGUAUCGUGUAUAUAAAAUGGAUGGACGAUAAUCGAAUCGUGAGUUCGGAAUCCGAGCCCUGAUCAGUAAAAUCCGAAAUUUGUAAUGCAAUGGUUUCAAAAUCAGAAACAUUAAAAGUUCUCCGCUUCCAAGAAGACUCCAUAGAUGGCUCUAGGUUCAGUUGCCUUCAAAAUUGUAAAAAUCAAACUUAUCACUUAUCAGCUGUUUCGUGUUUAUUUGCUGUUUGCUGCCUGAACUCUUUGAAUAUUCAAAUAUUGUGGUGAGCCCCAUUUGUGACCUUUUUCAGAAUGGAUAAUACUUAGUUGAUAAUUCGCAAUUGAAGAUGCCGAUGCACAAACAAUCAUUCUUUUUCGGUAGCGAUUUGGGUGUGUAUUUAAUAAAAGGGAUCGACGUACAGGAGGGCAAAGGACUGGUGGCUGUUUGUUUUUUUGUUGGAUUCAUGUCCUUGUUUUUCGAGUAUUUGAGAUAUUUACAGGCAAAAAAUAAUCAAAGAGAGCUAAAACUACGAGCCGUACAAUUGAAACAAUUAUGCCCGACUGAAAGUGCCACAUUACUUGCUAGAACCAUCACAAAUCCGAAAAAUCCUUUCAAUAUUACAAUUUUUGAUAGAUUUUUACUCACUGGAUCAGAAAUUUCCAUAUGGCUCCUCCUGCAAAACAUUGGUUACCUAAUUAUGCUCUCCGUAAUGCUCUAUGACGCAUGGAUUCUUAUUUCCGCUGUUCUAGGUGGAGGAAUCGGUUACUUCAUUUUUGGGCAAAAGUUUAUGAAAAUCCGCCUCGAGAAUUGCCAGAUUAUGAGGGACACUUACUGUACGCAGAUUUGUGGAGAGACAGAUAUUGGAGUCUUAAAUGGAGAACCAUCACAAUCGACGCCACCUUCAGAAAGUCCUAGGACUUCUACAGACGAAAUUUCUACCAAGUGUCACGGUGACGGCCGACCAUCGACUGAAUCGGUGACUGUACAUGUUCAUAUAGAGUGUUAAAAUACGAGUUGAGCUAUUUUAACAACUUGGGUUAUUUCCUAGUCGUUCUAUGUUUAUUUUAAAGAAAAAAAAGCUGUUAUAAUUUCAAAAUCUCAUUGACUAAAGUCUAGAGUUUGGCUGGCUCAAUACAAGAUGUAAUUAAUGAUUUUUUUUUAUAUAUUACUCCAUGAUAUUUCAGAACAUAAAAUUAAUAUUAUUUAUACAUGAGUGCCUUACAUAGAUAUAAGCUGUUUUUUUUUUAUAAGGUUUUUUGGUAUUUUCGUGACGAAUCCGGAAAAAAAAAAGUUGCUCAUUGCCCGUCUGUCAAUAAUCAACAUUUUCCUAUUUAUUUAGUCCCUGUUAAGUGUUAAGUUUGGUCACCUAGAGAGCGAUUUAUGUAUUGUAUAAGGUAAAUAUAUUUUUAUUGAAGGUGCGACAUAUCAUAUUUUGUCAAAGUUGUUAUAUUUUCGUUUUGAGAUGUAAAAUUUGUUAGAUAAGCAAUUAUAUUCUUUUGAUAUUAAAAAAAAAAAAAAAAAAUCGGAUUAUCCAGUAGUUUUUGAGAAAUCAAUUAUUUCCACUCUGUGUUGAGUUGAUGCUUGUUCACGUUAAACUACCUAUAUUCUUUGUACAUUUUUCUCGUGAAACAAGGAGCAAUCUAAGAAAAAAAAUAAUUUAAACUUCAAAGUGUUUAUUUAAAAAAGGGGUUUUCACUUUUUUGUGGAUUUACGUUUCCGAGGAUCUUUUUUUGGAGAUUUGGCGAGAGGAGCGAACAAUCCAAGAAAAAAUAAAUAAAUAAAUUAAAUUUCAAGGUGUUAUAUUUAAAGGUUCUGGUGCACUAUAAUUACCUCAAAACUAGACAUUUUUUCUUUAUAGACAGUAAGACAGUUAAGUUUUAUCUCAAAAUAGUUAACGGGGACUAGCACGCAGUACAAAGAUGGGUUAGCUUGGGUUAGUUUGCAUGUUUUUGAUCAGUUUCAAUACGGC